GGCGGCGGCGGCGCGGGGAGCCGCGGCGGGGGCGGCAGGCGGCAGCGGGCCGCUCCGUGAGGGGACCGAGCCGCAACCUGACAUGAUGUUUCCACAAAGCCGGCACUCGGGCUCCUCUCACCUGCCUCAGCAGCUGAAGUUCACGACCUCCGACUCGUGCGACCGCAUCAAGGACGAGUUCCAGCUGCUGCAGGCCCAGUACCACAGCUUGAAGUUGGAAUGUGACAAACUAGCCAGCGAGAAAUCGGAGAUGCAGCGUCACUACGUCAUGUACUAUGAGAUGUCCUACGGGCUGAAUAUUGAAAUGCACAAACAGGCUGAAAUUGUCAAGAGGCUAAAUGGGAUUUGUGCACAGGUUCUGCCCUACCUUUCACAAGAGCAUCAGCAGCAAGUCUUGGGAGCCAUUGAACGAGCUAAGCAGGUCACAGCACCAGAACUGAACUCCAUCAUCCGUCAGCAGCUCCAGGCUCACCAGCUGUCCCAGCUCCAAGCCCUCGCUCUGCCCCUGACCCCGCUGCCCGUGGGGCUCCAGCCUCCCUCUCUGCCCGCUGUCAGCGCUGGCACCGGGCUCCUGUCGCUGUCAGCCCUGGGCUCUCAGGCUCACCUCUCCAAGGAGGACAAGAACGGCCACGAUGGGGACGCCCACCAAGAUGAUGACGGCGAGAAAUCGGAUUAGAGAGCGCCCGUGGGGCCGGGGGAAGGGGCUGGGCUGG